GGACUUGAGAGCGUGAGGAGGGAGUUGCCAAAGUUCUCAAGAGGGCGGCACACACACAUUGUACUUUUGAAUCCCUCUCGCCGAGCCUCUUGACACACACACUGGCAUGCACAAAAUCACAUUCAGGUUCACUCACGUCGGCUCACACAUGUGCAGCGGUCCAUGAGCAGAGAGAAGUCCUGGACAUGUGUGCUUCAUUAACUCACUCCUCUGGGUCUUAUGGUGCACUUUGGACCUGAAGGGAAGGAGGAGGCUGGAUGAGAAGAGAAGAAAAUGAAAGGAAACAACUCCUCUUUGACAAGAGGGAGAGGAAGAAUGGGAGAGCAACAAAGGGGAAAAGGGAACUUCUAGCUGAGGAGAUGGACUGAGGCGAGCCAGAGAGACAGAAAGGACCGACCAGUGGAUGGAUAUGGGCAGAGAGUGGCUCACCCGGGGACUGCUGCUGCGUUUGGGUGUUCUGCUCACUGCCGUGUGUGUUUGUGUUCAUGUUUUCCUGGAGACAAGUUGGCGGGGAGCACCUGCUCCCUUGGGCCGUCCCACCCAGUCUAUUGGGAACCGCGGCCAACAAAGCAGAACCCAGCCAGAAGCAGAGGAGCAGGACACGAACUCUAAAAAGAGAAUCUCUUCUGAUCGAACACGAAAGAAGGACUUCCGAGCUCGGAAGAGGUACGAGGACCGAGAGGAGCCUCUCCGCCCACACAGGAAGACUUCUCGGUGGCAUAUAGACUUGAAGCCCUGGGCCAGUGAGAGUCAUUCUCUGGAGGAAGAAGCCAAAAGGUUCCUCAACUACAUCACAACACCCCAAGUGUCGUGUGCAUCGUUGGAGGGGACUCCGGGUGCCUGGGCUGCAUGUCUGGACCCCAAAUACAGCCUGACCCACAGAAUACAAGGCAAACACUGCAGGGUGUACUCUUUUGGGUUGGGCGUGGAUGAUCGGUCCCUGGAGCGAUCUCUCGCUCGGGCCGGAUGUGAGGUGCACUGCUUUGAUCCCAGCCUGAAGCAGCCUCACCUGCAGCAGGAGGAGAUGUGGCUUCACCGGCUCUCCGUAGACUGGAGGGAUCCCAACCCGGCCAUUGUUGCCAAGCGUCAGUACGCCAACACCAAGAAACUGGCCACCAUCCUCAAUGACUUUGGACACAGAGAGGUGGAUGUACUGAAGGUAGAUAUGGAGAGCGCAGAGUGGAAGAUUUUGGAGAACUUGGUCCUGGAAGGAGUUCUGGAGUCGGUGGGUCAGCUGCUGUUGGAGCUUCACCUUCACUGGGCGGGCUUUGAGGUGGGCGGCGACGACGCAUCGGUGGUGCGGUACUGGUUCAGCCUGCUCAAGGAACUGGAGCACGCAGACUUCCGCCUCUUCCACGUCAACAGCGACCCCGCCAAACCGCACAUCUUCCUGCAUAAGAAUGUGCUGAACGCCAGCAGCGCUUACACCCUCAGCUGGGUGAACACGGGGUGGAAGCCUCCAGGGAAGCCGGACUGAACCGGUAUCUCUGCUGGAACAGACUGAAUGGAAAUGCACAUGUUUUGGUCGACUUGGAGUUUUUAAAAUCAAAGAACAAAUUGUUGUUCGAGCACAGCCCCCACCUCCCCACGCAACAUACUUCGCUUAUCUCACCCAACCUUUUCUACAAAGCCAAAAUCCAUGCUCCUCCUCAUCCUCUCCUGUAAUAACCUCAGUCCGUGGAGAAGGGCAGCGUUAAUCACCUCCAGGGGCCGUCUGUGUUCUAUCUCAUAGUGGCGGUGUUGUUGGCUGCAGGUCAGCAUCUCCUAUCGGAGCUCGGAUCACCGCCGGUCAUCAGACUUGAUUUGAGACAACCUUUCCAGGAUAAUAUAGUCGGCACAAAUCGCUCAACAGAGCAGAAAUUCAAAGAAAUGGGAACGUUAAAGUAGAUGAAAAAUCCUGCCGCUUUGGCGGUAUGUGUAUAUUUAGGUGGGGGAGGGGGGAAUGUAAGUAAUAAAGUUAUAAGAUGGGAUGUACCGAGGAUGUGAUUGUUUCUGGACAACAGGAAGACCGCUGCAGUGACGUAUCUGGAUGCUUUCAGUGUGUUUGUUGGAUCUAGGAAGCAGGACGUGUGGGAAUAAGACUCAAAUUGUUUUUGUUAUAUAAUAAAAAUCAUUGAGAUCCACACAAAGAAGCA